UGCGCGCGCCGCUCACGCGACCCCUUUCCUCUGCUGCCCACGUGCCUUCAGCUCCUCUUCCCGCGGACUGGCAGCGCCGCACGGCGCGCGCCCCCGCCUCUGUCCGUCUGUUGUGCGCGCGUGCCUGCGCCUCUCUCUGCCUCAGCCCCAUGCACCAGGCACCGCGUCCAGGGGCCAGCGCGGAGGGGAUUGCACCUGCGCUCCCUAUUGCACAGCCGGGAGCUGGCACUGCCGCCCCCUCCCCGUGUCUGUGCAGUGCAAACAAUGAACCUGCCAGGAGCAGCCUGCCCUGCUGCAUAGAAAGGACCUGGAGACCCUCCUCCUCCAGCAGGGGAGAAGCCAAGACAGGGGUUAAAAUGAAUGAAGAUCUGAAGGUUAAUUUAAGCUGGCUGCCUCAAGAUCAUUUAGAAGCCAGCUCUCCAGAGAAUGUCUCAACUGCAGUCUCGUCCCUGAUUCCUGUCGUAGACCCAGAACCAGAGCUCAUAGUAAACCCCUGGGACAUUGUUUUGUGUACUUCAGGAACCCUUAUCUCCUGUGAAAAUGCCAUUGUGGUCCUUAUCAUUUUCCAAAAUCCUAAUCUUCGUGCCCCCAUGUUCCUUCUGAUAGGGAGCCUGGCACUUGCAGACCUCUUAGCAGGAAUUGGAUUGAUCAUCAAUUUUAUUUUUGCCUAUCUUCUACAAUCAGAAGCUACAAAACUGGUCACUGUUGGACUGAUUGUUUCCUCUUUCUCUGCAUCUGUCUGCAGCUUGCUGGCUAUUACUGUUGAUCGUUACCUCUCAUUGUAUUAUGCUUUGACUUAUAAUUCAGAAAGGACUGUCACUUUUACCUAUAUCAUGCUUAUUUUGCUCUGGGGAGCAUCUAUCUGUAUUGGACUGCUGCCUAUAAUGGGCUGGAACUGCCUCAAAGAUGAAUCCACCUGCAGUGUUAUCAGACCGCUCACUAAAAAUAAUGCAGCUAUCCUUUCAGUCUCUUUCUUGCUCAUGUUUGCUCUCAUGCUGCAGCUCUACAUUCAAAUUUGUAAAAUCGUGAUGCGCCAUGCCCAUCAGAUUGCCUUGCAACACCAUUUCCUGGCCACGUCCCAUUAUGUGACCACCCGAAAAGGAGUGUCUACUUUGGCCAUUAUUUUGGGGACCUUUGCUGCUUGUUGGAUUCCUUUUACACUCUAUUCUUUAAUAGCAGAUUACACUUAUCCUUCAAUAUAUACCUAUGCCACUCUCCUGCCAGCCACCUACAAUUCCAUCAUCAAUCCUGUAAUAUAUGCUUUUAGAAACCAGGAAAUACAAAAAGCAUUUUGGCUUAUCUGCUGUGGCUGUAUCCCCUCUAGCCUGUCUCAAAGAGCAAGAUCACCUAGUGAUGUUUGAUUAACAGCUAUGAGGACUUUAUUUAGCAUUUUGUUUUUGAGAAAUUCCUGCAACAAUCUUUGGUUAGAUACAUUCCUUAGAUUGUACAUAUCUGAUUCAUAUUCAAGCCACAGGAUGCACUGACCCUUUUGUAAAGAGAAACCCCAUUAACCGAAAUGAACUCAGUGGUUUAAGGAAGAUUUCCAAAAUCAUAAUGAUUAGUGUUCUUUCAAAUUGUAUUGUUGCUCAGGUUCUAUGAAUAGACUAAACUGGUCUUUCACAUCCACUAUGAUUCUAAGUUAACUUUAUUAGUGAAAAAAGGUAGACUGAAGAGUUAUAGCCUUUUUAAAAUACUUUAUGUGCUUGAGCUCAGUUAUACUGCAUGAUUUUUCUGUUGUCACAAAUUCUCUCUCUCUUAGCCUUAGUGAAACAGUAAAGAAGACUAUGUCCUUGGUUCUGUUAACAUAAACUAAAAUGUAUAUCACCAAUUUAAAAUAAUGACCCAAUUAUUAUUGAUUCAUUUGGUAUUUAUUGUAAUACUUUCUGGACCAUUAAUUUGCUAAAAUGAAGAAGUGCUUGUGCAGGUUUGCUAUUUUAUAUCUCAGUAUAAAUUGAUCAUUAUUUUAAAAUGUUACCUAUUUUCUCAUGAGUUCUGGAUAGAUGCUAGAAUAGAAUGUACGUUUCAUCUUUACUACUGCUUUAUUUCUUUUAAAAAAUCAACUAUACAUUUUUUAAAAUAUAGGACAUCAGGGCCUAUUGUAACACUGAUUUUUAAACAGAAUUCCUCAUUUAAAUUGAUGGGGAGUUCUGCUCAGAAAUCUAUGGCACAAUAUGGCCUCUAGGAAUUAUGCAUUGUAAUAGGUGCAGCAUUUUAAGUUUCUUUGACAGAUUCAUAUUUUCAGAAGUGUAUAAGGAAAUAUUUAAUAAAAUAACUUGCUUAAAAUAGUAUAUCUACAGUAAAUGGUUCCCUAAAAUUUGCUAUUGAUACACAAGUGUUAUUUCAUGUUCUCAUUGUUCUGCUACGGUUUCAGAUUCUGAAGUUUGAAAAUUCUCUGAGCAUGUCAGGUUCAUAAUUGUAUGUAGCCAAAAUGCCUAUGGAACAUAUUUUCUGCUAUUCUAACAAUUUAAUCUUUGAGUCCAUCACAUAUUAUGAUGCUCAGUACUGUAUGCAUAUCAUUUCACUUCAUUCUAAGAUAAUACUCCUUGUGUAAAAGGCAAAGCUUCCUUUCAUGAAUGGUUUAAUUUAAGCUGCUUCUGAUCUUUUCCAAGAAGCCACAUAAGAAUCAUUAGAACAAAAAUGUUGUUUUCUAAUAACAAUGUUGUACUGACAGAAGAAAAAGCUUACUGGAAAAAAAAACCCUGAUUUUGGAUUUCUUUGUUAAACUUGAGGUAUAUUCUCAUAUCAGUGAAUGGGAAUUUAUAGUAAAACUUCCAUUAGUGCUAAUGGAAGUUACAUGUAUAAAUGCCUAGGCACCAAUAUGGGGGUGUAGUCCCGUGAAUAUCAAAGUAAAUAUACUAUAUUGUUGCUUCAGUAUCUUCCAUUAUAGUUUAAAAAAUCUCAAAUGUUGAUAAAAAUAUACAUGUACAGUAUAGAGAGUAUACACUACUAUACUGCUGCCACUCGAUCUUUUCAAAUGGUAUCUUUCCUUUCAUUUAAACUUUUGGAACACUGUAGCUUUUGUGGCAAACUUCGGUGACAUUAAUAAUCCAUAUGCUAUACCCAGAACUAAAUUUCAAAUGCGAGUCACUUGUAUAUUAGCAAUAAUUUAUUUUGGUUUCAAUGCCAGAUUCAAAUUCCAUUAUUUACUUGGUUCAACCUUCAUGAUAUCUAACUAUUACUUUGCAUUAAUCUAAUCAAAUUUAAUAUUGUAUGGUGACGGCCUUAUCUUGACAGAACUGUACUCUUGCAACUCCCGUUGGCUUAACUGGGAUUUGUAGGUCCUCAGCACCCACGGAAAUCUCCCCUCAAACUAUAUAGGAUAUUUGUGUUCUUUAUCUAUCUCUGAAUAUUAAUGAAGUUCUAGUAGUUUCCAGUUUUCUAUUGUUUAUAAGAAAUCAUCACUUCAAAAAUACCUAUGACGUAUAUAUACUUGAUUUUUAUAUACAUAUAUGAAGUAUCAAAUAUUGGAAAUUAUUGCUAGGAUUAUUUGUUAACAUUUUAAAAUGAAUUAUGUAUAAGGGUCACAAAUGCUAUUUGCUUGUUAACAGACACAAAUGAGAAUUGCUAAAACUCCACAAACAAAACCUACCCCUCUCUUCCUCUAUCCUUUCCAUGAGUUUGGUCAGUCGCAUCAAAGUGCCAAAAACUGAUCAGGACAAACACCUACAGUUGUGACUGAAAUUCUAUCCCAAGAAGAUCUGAGUUUUGCUCCACUUCUAUCUAGGUACUGAUAUGCUCCUCCAUUACCAGAAUAUCUGAGCACCUCACAAUUAUUUUUGUGUCUUUAUCUUCACAACAACCCUGUGAGGUAGGGAGGAACUAUCAUUCCCCUUUUAUAGCUGAGGAACAGAGACACCCACUAACUUGCCCAAGGUCACACAGGAAUCCAUGGCAGAGCAUAGAAUUGAACUUCAGUCUCCUGAGUAGUAUAGUUCCCUAACCACUGGACCGUCUACUCUUUCCGCCCUUCUCUUCCAGUCUGGAUCACGCCCUCCUGUGGCAAAACCCAUAGUAUGGGGCUCUGGAGAAGAAAUCUGUGACUUCAGUGGUUGUUCCAUCAGAGAGAUUCCCACUCUCUUACCCAAGUAGGCCAUUGUGCUUACCAACAAACCUGGAAGAUCUCCAGAGAUCUGUAGGAGGCCACAGCUGUCCACAUGGAGGCUGUAUGCCUCUGCACUGGCUCUGGUCUGGAAGGGGGGUUCAGCAGAAAAUAUCCAAGGAUGCCAGAGGGGGACAAUGUGUGUCCCCACCACAACCUUACCCUCUCCUCCGCUCCUGGCUUACCUGGUGUUCAACUCCUCACUCAGUGUGGAACUUAGACCUGUAGAUCAGCCAGGGAAGAAACUACACUCUCCGUCCAUGCAGGGUCAGAGAGAUUUGUACCCAGAGGGUCCACUUCACAAGCAGAUCUCAGGACACCAUCUGGGCUGAAUUUAGGAUAAAGAAGGAUUAAAAUUACAGAGUAAUGUUCACAUAGGGCUAGAUUGUAGAAACACUAUUUGUGCCAAGUGAGGGGCAGUGGCUGUAGGUGCGCUGCUUCAGAAACAGACUAGCAAUCAAAUUGUGACUUCAGAGCCAUUACCUUGCUCUUGAUGUUACUAUAGUCACUUUAAAAGCUUGAAUGAAGCUGAUAAUCACUGAUAAUCAGGCCAUUCAUGCAUAAUUGUCAGUUUCCUCACUUCUGUAAAUUUGUUCUAGAGCCAAAGGACCAUAUUUUCAAAAUGUGGGAACUGACUUUCAUCUGGACUCUCUUUUAUAAAGAUGUCCUUAAACUCAAAGGGGUCUGCAGUAAUAGUCCUGACACAGGCCAAAACUCCGCUCGAAGUCAGUAAGUUUGGCCUAUAUAGGACUACAGGGUUGAGCCCAAAAUGCUGUAAUUGUAAAACUAGUAGUCCUGAGAUAAAUACUGCAUAAUAUACAACUGAAUGACCUUGUGUUCAGAACUGCAUAUUAAACAUUUGCCUCACCAGAUUCAAUAGUUCAACAAGAAGAAAUGCUUUUUAAAAGCCAGCUGACCCCGACCCCACAGAAAUAGAUGGUUCUGUCCAACAUUCUAUUCAAGUUUCUGUAUCUAGACAGUUCUGUCUUAGGCCAUAGUUCUGCAAAUUGUUCCAUGUGGGCAGAACCCAGCACCACAUGGAGUCCCCCUGAAGUUAGUGGGACUCCACACAGACCCAGGGACCUGCCCCCAUUGGAUAGCUUGAAGGAACAUGUCCUUAUACUGUAAUAUUGAACAAUACUAGUACCUAGUGCCAGAGGUGUUAAAUUGACCAUUCUUAGCAAUAUUGGGUUUCUUCAUAGCUCAGUCUUCAAUUCAAGUAUUUUUAAAAUGCACAUGCAUAAUUUAAUUAAAAGAAUGUUUGUUUUAAAUUAUUAACAUGCUAGAUCUAUUGUUAGUAAUAAGUUGUAUUUUUAAUGGUGAAACCUGUUGCAGCCAGUGGUUUGUGUACCCAACCUAAAAGCUUUUGCUAGUUUUUUUUAUUUUUCAUAACAUUUAACAUUUUAGCAAUAAUGCAAAAUAAAGCAAUAAAGUCCCGAUAAGAUACAGUUUAUAUAAGCUGUAGAGUCAAAGCAAUAGUGAGGAAGCAAUAAAAUCAUUAGAUAAAAUAUUGAGUUUCAGUAAGCAAAUCUGAUCUGUGCAAGGACUUUACGUAAGCAGAAUUCAUACUUUACUGUUAGGCACUUGUUAUAGUAUUUGGAUGGGACAUUGUUUCAGGCUGGUUGCAUUAUGAUCAUUGGAGUUACUGUGUUGAAAUUUUUGUGGAUAACUGUUUAUCUCAAUUUUCAUAUCCUGAAUUCAUAAUAUUUCCAAGACAGCAUUAUGUUAAUGGAAUAGAUAUUUCUAUGGAAUGUAUUCUUUUGUAUAGUUUAAAAUUUAGUUUAUAGAACAGUGUAAGUAUAAUUUUAAUUAUAUGCUGAGUUUCCAGUUUUAGGUUAAUCUAAAUAAAAAAUCAUAGGUUUUCAUAAGACCUACACUGAAAGAACCCCAAAUUUACAAUGUUUGCAAUGUUGAAAACAGUGGAGGGGCCAGGGAUAUCAGAUUAUCCAUGCACAUUGGCUGCUGAACCCCAAUUUUGGAGUAUGAAAGGAACAUGAUUUUGGUAUAAUUGAAGAACACAUCCUUCACCUCCCCCAUGCCCAGGCCUGUUUAAAGCAAGCAGAAAGCUCUACUUUGCAGUGUGCAGGGGAUGCUGGCAACCCAUCAUUGCCCGCUUCCCAUAUCUCUGUAAUAGAAGUUAAGUGGUGUAAAGGGCCUUGUCCCAUCUCUCGUCACAUAGGGGCCUAAUCUAAAACUUACUGAAGUCAGUGGAAAGUCUCCCGUUGUCUUCAUUGGGUUUUGGAUCAGGCUCAGGUUGAAUUUCACCCACAGCUCAUUCUUUUCUCAUUACCUCCUUUUCCUCCCUACUAUAGUUACUAAAUAUUAGACACUUGUGGUUUGAUUUUUCAGUGUUGCUGAGCACCAGCAGCUCCCCAUUGCUUCAAAGGGAGCUGGGACUGCUCAGCACCGCUGAGCAUCAGGCCAUUCAUGCAUAAUUGUCAGUUUCCUCACUUCUGUAAAUUUGUUCUAGAACCAAAGGACCAUAUUUUCAAAAUGUGGGAACUGACUUUCAUCCACAGGAAGGGCAUGUGCUCCUGCUUUUGAGUGAAAAUAUUGGGUAGAAUGGUCCCCAUUUAAAAAUCAACUGUUAUCACAUAGUGAUAUCCAAGACACCAAUCAUUUCCCUGUGUUUAAAAUAGAAGGUAAUGCUGAUAUCUCAGGUACUAUCCAAAAAUAAAAAAAAUUAAUUGCAUACAUAACAAUGUGAAAAGCUUGAAAGCAAAAAUAGGAGAACUAGAGUAUCUGGCAAUGGAAAGAGAUUUUGACAUUAUAGGCAUUUAGGUGGAAUGGAGAAAGGAAUGAUAUACCUGGAUGUGUACUAUAUAGAAUGGGUAGACUAAGUAACAGAGGCAGAGGAUUAUCACUAUGCUGGAAAGACUGAACAGCAUCUCAUGAGAUCACAUUUCUGACCAUACAGAAUAUCUUACUGAUGCAAAUCUUAAGUAUAAGAAUAAAAGUACACUGUUAGGGUAACACUGGCCUCCUGAUCAGGAGAAAGAUAUCGAGAGCACAUUUUUGAGAAGAAUCAAAGAUGCAAUUAAAUAUAACAAAAGAGUAGUAAUGGGUGACCUCACCUAUCCUCAUAUAGACUGGUUAGAUGUCACAUUGGAAAGAGGUGUAGAGCAGUGGUUUUCAAACAGGGAUCUGGGGCCACGAGCACAUUUCAGGGGGUCCUCCAAACAGGACCAGUGUUAGACUUGCUGGGGCCCAGGGAAGAAAGCCGGAGUCCCACUGAAUGGGGUGAAGCCCGGGGCCCUGGGCCCCGCCACCUGGGGCUGAAGCAGAAGUCUGAGCAACUUAGCUUCACGGUGCCCCCUGUGGCAUGGGGCCCUGGGCAAUUGCCCAGCUUGCUACCCCUUAACGCCAGCCCCGGCUUUUAGAUGCAGAAAACCAGUUAUUGUGGCACAGGUAGCAUGACUGAGGGGGCCUCAGAAAGGAAAAGGUUGAGAACCCCUGCUGUAGAGAAUCAAUUUCUUGACAACUUAAUUGAUUGUCUUCUUAGAACAGCCAGUUCUAGAACACAUAAGAGGCUGUUCUUGAAAUAGUUCUGAGUACUGUACAGGAAAUACAAGAGGUAACUAAAAUUGAGCUAAUAUAUAAAUUAAUCACAGUGUCUAAACCCCUCCCAUUUUCCUUUCUUGGUCGUGUGUGUGUACAUGUCCACUGGCUUCCUCUUCAGUCUCAGCUUUACUGCUGCUGUCAGUGUUAAACACCCUAAAGGAAGAGAAUAUACAAGGUCUCUCCAGAGCAAUAUAUAAGGGUGGUGUCAUUAGGUCAGUACAUGAAACAGGGCCAGAAAGUGACAAUCCACAAAAGAGUGGGACUGAUUACACAAAAUACAGUCAAAUGCACAAAGUAAACAUAUUGAAAAUAUAGAGCCAAGUUAAAAAAAUCAUUAAUCUUUUUCAGCUGUAGUGAUCUUAAGGGUUUCUUUCAACAAUAGUGGAGCAGAUCCAGGCUAUUUCGAGUGUAUUUGUUGACCUGCAGGGUAUACUUUACACAGGCUUUUGAAGAAGGUUGGUCUUAAUGUGGCCCUUUUUGGGUGGGUCCGGGAAGCACAUUAAGGCUAUAUUUUGUUGGGGACUACUGGAAGACUAGCGUUGAAUUGAUGGCAAAGCACCUAGAGUGUGAAUAGGUGCCUCUUCUGCACAUUAGAAAUCAAAAUGAAUAAAAUAUUUCCAGUCAAAUGCAAUUUCCAAGGUGAAGCAUCUCUAAACAUUAUGGUACCCCAAGGAGCCCUAGCAAGACAAUACUGUUUAAUAAAUUGAUUUAUGAACUGGAAAGGCGGAUGAACAAUAUGGCAAAAUUUGCAGGUGGCACAAAAAUUGGCCCUUUCGUGCAAUGCAUUGUGUAUGAGCAGACAGUACCAUUAACAUCAACAAAGCUAGACAAUUGGGCAACACGAUGGCAAGUGAAAUUCAGUGUUGAUACAUACAAGUUACUGGUAGGAAGGAAUAAUACAUUGGAAGGAAUAAUUUGAAGUACUCACAGUCAUUCCUGGGUUCUAAAUGACUUGCAGCCCCUCACAAAAAAGACUGGGGGUAGGGGGGAAUUUUUGUCGACAGCUCAGUAAAAGUGUCGGUUUAAUGCUCCGACAGUCAAUACUUGGAAUGCUGUGUUCAAUUGUGGUCACUAGCAAUUCAGAGAUGUUCAUUGAAAAUCAUUAGAGAUUGAAAAGAUUAGGGCUAUUUAUUAUAGAGCGGAAACUAACAGGGGCAUAAUAAAGGCAUACUAAAUAAUGAAUGCUAUAGGGAAGAUAAAUCAGGCAUGCUUAUUUUCCCUUUCUCAUAAUACAGGAACAAGGGGAGUUCCAAUGAAAUUGAAAGACAAUACAUUUGGAAAUACUUGUCCAAAGUAAAAGCAGGUAAAAGGUAAUAGCAACUUGUGGAACUGACUGCCACAGUAUAUCACUUCGGCCAAGAGUUUAUCAUUAUUUUAAAAAGGAUUAGCAAUUGCAUGGAUGAGGACCUUCACAUUUACAUAAGAUGAAAUUUAAAAAGGUCAAGGGAUGCAAAUCUUUAUAGUUCAGAUAAUUACACAACUACUAACUGCCUGAAAUUAGGGUAAAAAUGUUUCCCAUUGGCAAGUUAUUCUACAACUGUCUAUUGUGUGGACUCACACCUUCCCCUGACGCAUAUGAAACUGUUGGAAACAGGAUUCUGAACUAGAUGGACUACUGGUUUGAUCUAGUACAGCAAUUUCUGUUACUUUGUUCUUACGUAAGUCAGUGUAAUACCUAUUGGUGAAUAUGACUUUUAAUGAUGACCACCAUAUCUGCACAAAUGUAUAGCUGCAAAAAUGCACAAAUGUGAUUGCAAAUGAGCUGCCACUUUUCUGUAAAUUUGACAUGCUGGGUUGUAUUUUAGUUAUGAAUGGCCUUGAUCCUGCAAUCCUGACAUGCAUAACUUCAGUUAAAGUCAGUGGGAGUUUUCUGCCAAUUUAAGAACAGGCACAACAGCAGAUUAUUUUUUAGGGUGCAUCAUAAUACAUUCCUGUUUCUUCUGAAGAAGAGAUGAGCCCUUAACUUUAUUGUAGUUGUUUCCUUGAAAGUGAUUUUAAGGUGCUACCAAACAUAUUACAUAAUAAAUGCCUGUGCUGAAGUUUAUUAUUUCAAUUCUUGCUGAUCUUGUAGGCUAAAUUAGCCCUAGCCUUCUAGAGGAGAUGAAGUAAAUAUAUAUAGUACAAAACCUUCAGUAACAAGGGAGAAAAAAACCUGAACAUAGCAGAUUAGACAUUACGUGCAGCCUGAUGAGGCUCAUAAGAGAAGGUAACUGACCCCCCAAAAAAUCUUGUUACAAAUAAGUAUUAGAAUACUUAUGUGAAACAAACCUUUUCAAUAAAAAGAAAAGGAGGACUUGUGGCACUUUAGAGACUA